AUGCUGGGAGCAAACUCUUUCUCUGAUUUGGACCUGCUGUGUCCUCAGUGCUCUGACAUCUACUGCCUUCCUGUCAUUUUAAUAUGCGGCCACAACGUCUGCAGAGUGUGCUUGUACAAGUUCUGGGAGGUGAAGAGAUGCAAAAACUGCCCUGUGUGUGGCAAAGAGUCCUCCUCUGGGUUGCCUCCCAUCAACUUGGACCUGCAGAGCGCUGUGGAGGAUUUUAAAGAAAGAAACACCGUCGAGGACUCAGCAGAGUGUGUUCUUCACCACGAGAAGCUGAAGGUGUUUUGUAACAAUGACGAAGAGCCCAUCUGUCUGGUCUGCCAGAUAUCAAAGCAGCACACAGCACACAAGUGCUGCCCUGUAGAGGAAGCAGCACUGGCCAAAAAGACUGAAAUGUCAGAACUACUGGAGUGCUUGAAAAAAAAGGUCAAACUAAUGAACAAAACAAAGCAGCAAUGGGAGGAAACAAAAACAUACUUGAAGACCCAAAGCUCCCAAAUUGAGGCAGCGAUCAAAGAGGAGUUCAAGAAGCUUCACCGGUUCCUCGCUGAAGAAGAAAGCAAGAGACUGAGGGUCCUCAAUCAGGAAGAAGAAACAAAGACCGAGCUCAUGAGCAAGAAGAUCCAAACCAUAGAAGAGCACAUAAAAUAUCUCUUCUCCACCAUCUCCCACAUCGACAAAGUCCUCCUUGAAAAGGAUUUGUCAUUCCUCAAGAGCUCAUGUGAUGUUUUUCUAGUGCAAAAUUCCACUGACGACACGUGUUUCUUCUUUCAAACUCAGGCCUACAAGGAGACAAAGAAAAAGGCCACAUCCACAAUCCCAGACCCGGAGAGUGUCAACGACAUUCUGCUCAACUCUUCCAAACAUCUGGGAUUACUCGACUAUGAAGUUUGGAAAAAGAUGAUGAACGUUGUUAUAUACACUCCUGUUAUUCUGGAUCCAAACACGGCUCACGCUAACCUGAAGUUGUCCCAAGGAUUGACCAGAGUGCAGUACAGCAACAAGUUGCUUCUACCCGAUAACCCCGAGCGCUGCACCAGCGGCAUGUGUGUGCUGGGAGCCAGUGGCUUUACGUCCGGAAAGCACCGCUGGACGGUCGACUUGGGCCAGGGUAAAGACUGGUACGUGGGCGUGGCCAGAGAGUCCAUCAAAAGAAAGAGCGCCGUUUUCUUCAGCCCCGCCGAGGGUUUCUGGGUGAUCGGUUACUGCAGCAAGGACUCGGUCUGGGCCCAGAACUCGCCUCGGACCAGGGUCGCCUUGAAGCACACGCUUGAGAAGAUCACUAUAGAGCUGGAUUGCGACAAGGGAAGGGUAGUAUUCAGUAACAAAGCUGACUCCUCUGUGAUCUAUACGUUCAAGGAGAAAUUCUCAGAGAAGGUCUUCCCUGAGAAGAUCUUCCCCUACAUCUCUGUUGGACUAUGUGACGACUGGAAAAACGCCAGCCCCCUCAGCAUCUGCCCAGUGGCAUUAAAAGUGAACAAAGAAUAAAACAAUACACUCACCACCUCUGGUACACACAGAAACAAGACUUCAGACAUUAGGAGUAGUUUUAUUAUUAGUUAAAUUAGUGUUUAUUUAGUGACA